UUCGUGGACUAUUAUUUUAUCGCAUCCAAAUGAUUUAUUCCCUAUUGUUCGAAACUUCCAAAUUGAUCAUUUUUAAACACGCCUCAUUAAAUUGAAAGUCGUACUUUUAGUCUCGAACAUGAAUUUUGAAGAUGUUCGAUUUCUUUCCUCUGUUGGCGUCAUUACUACAUUUGCUUUGCUGCUUCACUUUAUCGAGAUUCUUGCCAUCAAUGGAGUUCCAUCUAGACCGAUAGCAGUCUUCAUAUCAUUAUCCCUGUAUAUUUGGUUCACUGUUUUCGGUCAAUGGGUGACACGUGCUCGACGAGCAAUUUUCAACGAACGCAAUCUCCUAGUCACUUAUCAACCAAGAGCCCUCACCCAUGGACAUCUCUUUGUGCCAGAUCCGCCGACGCCUUGUCGUCUGUCCAUUACACCAUGUGAAUCGGGAAGUGACACGGAGUUCAAGAAUGCACGGGAUGCUCAUUACAAAGAUGAAUUUCAUAGAGCGAUUAAAAUGGCAAACGAACGACUAGUAAUUCGACAAGAGAGUACCCAAAUCAUGAGAAUGGAAUUCAAUACUGAUACAAGCUCGCCACCAACAUCUCCGGACAAGUCAGAAAAAUCACCCGAAUUCUUCUAAGAUUGACUUCAAUAAAAUUAUUAUUUUUC